ACGGCCGCUCGGCACAGGAUCGACAACCUGAGACACAGGGUCCUGCUCUCACCAAUCUUGAAACCUGUCCCCUUCACUACAUCAUCUACCACCCUACGCAUUUCAACUACCACCACCACCUCCACCAUGCACCUCCACCACCUCCUCUACGCCCUAGCCGCCCUCCAACCCGUCACAGCAACCUCCCUCAUCAACUUCUCCGCCGCAAACGGAGACAACCCAUCCACCCUCGGCAUCCUCAAUCUCGAAGAAGCCCGCGGCGACAAAAUCUCCUCCAACACCGCCGACCUCUACGCCAAACUCGGCACCGACCCCAACAGCACCCCCGCCCUCCACUACCACCGCAAAGAGGGCUACAUCCGCGCCGAAUACCACGCCCUACACGGUCAAACCGCCGAAGAUGAAACCUACUACAUCGGGUACAAGUUCUCCCUUGGAACUAUUGAACAGAGCCUGAUGAUCUUUCAAUUCAAAGCCUACGCCGGCAACGACGCCACAGAUAACGGGGCCAACAUCCCCCUCUCCCUAGAAUUCAAAUCCGGACAACUCCACCUCCAAUACCAAGCCGACUAUACCGCCAAGCGGGAGCCACAAUGGUCCAAGACUCUCUCCACGGGGACUGUCUACUCGGUCGGGAUUGUGAUUCAUACGGGGAAGCCCGGUUGGGUGGAGUUCUAUUUUGAUGGUGAGAAGCAGACGUUUUCGACGUCAAGGUCGACCAGGCUGGAGGCGAAUACCUGGACGGGACAGACGGAACCGAAGUUUGGGGCGUAUCGAGGGGAAGAGGUGGAGAUUGAUACGUAUGUUUAUGAUGUGCAGAUUGGGACGGAGUUGAGUGAUAUUGUGGUGGCGGCGGGGUUGGGGGGGAGUGGUGGGUCUUCGAGUUCGUGUGAAUGGGAGGGACAUUGUGCUGGUGCUUCGUGCUCGACAUUGAAUGAUUGUUCAGGUGAUCUGGUUUGUAAGAGUGGAGUCUGUGCGUCUCCUUGAUGGGAUCAGCUGCUGGGCAUCGGCAUGGAGGAUCAACAACC